AGCUUUGUAGUUUAGUUACACCGCAAUUCCUACUGACGUGUCGGACCAACGCGUCGUCUGAGGCGCUACAAAAUUUGCUAAUUUUUGUCUUCGUGGAACUGAAAUUAUAUUGUUCCAAAUUUGCAUAAGUUUCCUGUUAGGGGUUUUUAUUAUUAUCGAUAGCGAGACAAAUAUAAAAUCACAACCAUGGGCAUAGCCAGUAUAUUGCAAGUGGACGAAAUGCUGGGCGAUUUCAAUAGAAUGAACAAACGCCAGUCACUCUAUCAAGUACUCAGCUUUGCAAUGAUUGUAUCCUCUGCAUUGAUGAUUUGGAAAGGUCUAAUGGUAGUCACAGGCAGCGAAUCGCCAAUUGUUGUCGUACUGAGCGGUAGCAUGGAGCCGGCUUUCCAUCGGGGCGACCUUCUAUUUCUCACCAACUACAAAGAGGAGCCGGUGCGUGUUGGUGAGAUUGUAGUCUUCAAAGUAGAGGGACGGGACAUACCCAUAGUGCAUCGUGUAAUCAAAUUGCACGAAAAGGAAGACGGCACAGUUAAGUUCCUGACCAAGGGCGACAAUAACAAUGUAGAUGAUCGGGGGCUGUAUGCGCCUGGCCAGCUGUGGCUAACCAAAAAGGAUAUUGUGGGUCGCGCCAGAGGGUUCCUGCCCUAUGUGGGUAUUAUAACGAUUUUUAUGAAUGAAUAUCCCAAAGUUAAGUGGGCCAUACUCUCGAUUCUGGCAAUAUUUGUGCUGCUGCAUCGAGAAUAGAAGUAUGUUAAUAUGUCUAGCUAAAAUU